CCCAGAGAGAGACCUCCACCCAAGGGCUAAAUCCACCACUACCUUCGGUGAGACUCGAGUGAUUCCUAUUCCUCUUCCAAGGAAAAGAGGCUCAAAGGUUUGUUCUCUAAACCCUUAAUCUCUUAUUCUUCUUCUCUCUCUCUCUCUCUUUUUGAUCUUCUCUCUGAAUCCCUUUCUGUAAUCUUCUGUGUUCUUUCGAGGAAGGAAAAAAAAAAAAUCCAAUUUUGAGGUCCUUUUUUUGGUUUUUGGACAAAAAAAAGGAAGGCUUAGAAGGUUUUUUUUUUCUUUCACUAGGGAGCCAGAGGAUUCAGAAGAGAGAUCCAGAGCUUUUUUUUUCCUUCUGGAUUUCUUCCUCAGUUUUUCUUCCACCCCCUCCUAGUUUCCUCUCUUUAAUCAGCCAAAGGGUUGUUUUCUAUACCCUUGUGGUUAUUUAUUUUCUUUGUGGCUUUAGAUCAAAAGAGGCAACUUUUUUACUCGCAACCUCUUUUUUAGGUGUUUUCUCUGAGAACCCAGUCACCUGUUCUUUGGUUUUGUUUAAGAACCAGGUGGGUCUCAGCUUAUCCCCCUCUUCCUUAGAAUUCCAAUCUUUCCUUCGUUUAUCUUACUUCUCUUCUUUUUCUCUUAAAAAUCCGAUCUUUCUUUCUUUUUCUCUCUGUUUUUUAGCUUCAAAGUUUCAUUUUUCUUUUUAGCUUAGAUUUCAUGGCUGCAGCUAUAGAUUUGUUCAAUAGCUAUCCAGUACUCUCUUUAGAUCCCUUCAACGAGGAGCUCAUGAAAGCACUUGAACCUUUUAUUGGAUGUGCUUCCACCUCCUCCUCCUCUCCCUCCCCUUCUUUUACCUCCACCUCGGAGACCACCCCCUCCUCCUCCUCUCCCUCGCCCUCUUCUUCCACCCCUUCCCCUUUCCUCUCCUUUUCUUCCUACCCCUUCAACCCCACUUUCCCCGUCCCCUCUCCCUCCUCCUCCCACCAAAAUCCAAUCUUGGACUGCUCCUCCUCAGGCUUUCUCGGCGCCGGCUGCCCCGGCCCGAUUGGUCUCAACCACCUCACCCCCGUCCAGAUUCAGCAAAUCCAAGCUCAAAUCCAACUUCAGCAGCAGCAGAACGUCCUCGCCGCCCCGCAACUGUCGCAUGUCGGCGCCGCGCCGCGCUUCCUCGGCCCCCGGCCGCAGCCCAUGAAGCACGCCGGCUCGCCUCCCCCACCGCGCCCCGCCAAGCUCUACCGCGGCGUCCGGCAGCGCCACUGGGGGAAGUGGGUCGCCGAGAUCCGGCUCCCCAAGAACCGGACCCGCCUCUGGCUCGGCACCUUCGACACCGCCGAGGAGGCGGCCCUCGCCUACGACAAGGCCGCCUUCCGUCUCCGCGGCGACUUCGCCAGGCUCAAUUUCCCCCACCUCCGCGACGAGACCGCCCGCGCCGCCGGCGGCCCUCUCCACUCCACCGUCGACGCCAAGCUCCAGGUCAUUUGCCAGGGCCUCGCCACUCCUCCGAAGCCGGGCGCCCCUCAGCCCCCCAUUCCGGAUGCCGCUGCCACUGCCAGCCGGCGACCGAAUGUGGCGAAGGGCGUUUCGGCCUCGGAGGACUUCAAGUCCGAGAGCUCGUCGGAGGCCGGCGAUGACUGCUCAUCCGGCUCGUCGCCGGCGUCAGAUAUGCAGCAUUUGGACUUCACCGAGGUGCCGUGGGAUGAAUCGGAGAGCUUCGUGCUGCGGAAGUAUCCUUCUUGGGAGAUCGACUGGGAUUCCAUCCUUGCCUAAUUUCACUACUUAGCAUAUAUAGCUUUGCGUCGUCGUUGUUGUUGUUGUUGUUGUUUUUGGUUUGGUGAUUGGUGUCUCCAGUGGCUGUAGCAAAUGGGUUUUUUGACAUUUGCCGAGCUGCUGUAGAGAUUUCAGUUAGGAAGGCUUCUCUUGUUCUUAGUGUCCUCUUAAGGCUUUGGGGUUUUAGAUUUGUAUGUUUUAUUUUGUGUACUAAACCUCCUGGUUUGCUGGCUUUUUUCCUUGGCAAAACCAGUGGGGGAGAAUGUUAUGUUAUAGUACUGUAAUCGUACUCCUUGUCGAGUAUAUUUGUAAUUAUUUCCAUGUAUUGGAAUGUGGAUGUGCUUUCUAGUGUGUA